AAGCAAUAGAAAGAGGAGUAGGAAAGAAAUGCAUUGGUACCUCCCCAUUGGCUGGGUUGAAAGCUACAACUGUUCUGCCCAUGCCCAUUUCUUUAGUCAAGAAAGCAGGCCUUGCUUUUGUCCCUGAUGAGGCGAUGGUGAGUAUGCAGCAUAAAGUUCUGAUUCAGUUACACCACAUGUCCACAUUGUCCCCUGGAAUAAAGUUGCCUUUUUCGUAGCUUCUCCAUAUAAAUGCACACAUAUGGCUCAGACUCUGGGCACUAGCAGGCAUCAACUUCUCACAGGCAAGGAGGAAAUCCCAGCAUCCAAGCAGAAUCGUAGAUAGAGCUUCUCCAAGCAAUGGAGAGUUUCACCCAGGAGCAUGUCAUUGGAAUUCCGUUGGUUUCGUUUGCUUAUGCCGAUGAGGAAACACAAGGAAAACCUUCCUGUUCUGCCUUGAUUCACAAAAAGAAUAAGAGUUCCUUCAUUUAUCGGAUGAGCAAAUUGAGCCAGAAAACAGAUAACUACAUGCAAGGUUUCAAAGAACACUUAACUCUGGGACCAAAACUUUCAGCAACUAUCAGAGGGAAACUAAGCUUCGGUGCAAAGGUUCUCAAAGCUGGCGGUAUUGACAAAGUCUUCAGAGAAUACUUUGCAGUCGAGAAAGAUGAGAAACUAGUGAAAGCUUUCCAAUGCUAUCUUUCAACCACGGCUGGUCCAAUAGCUGGAAUGCUUUUCAUCUCAACUGAGAAAAUUGCUUUCCAUAGUGACAGGCCUUUGAAUUUAGCAUCACCCAAAGGAGGCAGUACAAGGGUGCCUUACAAGGUGUUGAUUCCCGCAAAGAGGAUAAAGAGUGCUUCAGUGCGAGGAAAUUUAUACAAUCCCGAUGAGAAGUAUAUUGAUCUAGUUACUGUUGAUGGCUUUGAUUUUUGGUUGAUGGGUUUUAUUAGCCAUGAGAAGUCAUUCAGAUAUCUUCAGCAUGCAAUUUCAGAGUUGAGAUGAUACACGUAGUUCUAUAGUCUGAAACAUACUGCAUACCAUGUUGAUAUGGUAUAUGUACAUUGAACACAUACAAUUGAUCAAUCACAUUGAUUGGAAAGAAAAGUUUUUUCAGUAAUGUCUUUUAAGGAUUCCAUACUGUCAAAUACAUUGAUCAAUCAUAUUGAAUGAACUGAUCGAUUGCAUUGAA